CCUGGGGGGUCCAGAUGAAGGGGGAACGGGAGUCAAGGUGGAGGGAAUCUCGGAGGCGUGGGUCCCCCAUUACUUCCCUCGACGCCAUUACGGGGAAGUAUGUCAAAUUGAAUUCUCCCUUCCUGGACUCAAGUAGGGUGAGAGAGGUGAAACCCAACCAUCCUCGGUAAAUCAAGAAUCAGCCUGAUCCGCACAAAUGGGGACGCACAGUGAGAGAAACUGACCGCCACGCUCCAUCCUUUGCUCACCGCGUUGAGUCUGGUGGGUCCUACCAGCGCCCUUCUGACACAAAGGCUAUCUUCACGGCCUCCCUAUCACCCCGUUCCUCUUCCCGGAUCUGAAGCUAAAAGCCAUCGGAAGACUGAAGGCAGUUCAGGUCCCGCGAAUUUGUCAUCAUGGUGGAACACACCGCCUCCACGCCGUACGUGUCAGUGAUGGACCAGUAUGGCUACCAGAUCGGGAAAGUCAUUGGCCACGGCUCCUACGGGACCGUCUACGAGGCCUAUUUCGCCAAGCAGAAGACGAUGGUGGCCAUCAAGAUCAUCUCUAAAAAGAAGGCUUCGGAGGAUUAUCUCACUAAAUUUCUACCUAGAGAAAUACAGGUGAUGAAAAGCCUACGCCACAAAUACGUGAUCAGUUUCUACCAGGCCAUUGAGACCACCUCCCGCCACUACAUCAUCAUGGAACUGGCUCCCUGCGGCGACGUCCUGGAGUGGAUUCAAAAGUCCGGCGCUUGCUCCGAGGCCUUGGCCGGGAAGUGGUUCUCCCAGCUGUCCCUGGGGAUCGCCUAUCUCCACGGGAAGGGCAUCGUCCACCGGGACCUCAAACUGGAGAACCUUCUCCUCGACAAGCGCGAAAGCAUCAAAAUCUCUGACUUUGGCUUCUCCAAGAUGGUGGCCGCCCAGGCGGCGUCCUCCUCCACCCCUUCCUACCGCAUGAUGAGUUGCUUCUCCCACCUGAGCCAGACGUACUGCGGCAGCUUUGCCUACGCCUGUCCGGAGAUCCUUCUGGGGCUGCCCUACAACCCCUUCCUCUCGGACAUCUGGAGCAUGGGCGUCAUCCUGUACACCUUGGUGGUGGCCCACCUGCCCUUUGACGACACCAAUCUCAAGAAACUCCUCCGGGAGACCCAGAAAGAGGUGACCUUCCCUACCCAUCUCCAGAUCGGCGAGGAGAUCAAGGACUUGGUUCAUCGGAUCCUCCGCCCGGCUUCCAAGCGGCUCAACAUUUUGGAAGUACUCAAAGUCCCAUGGGUGCUCAAGUAUUUGGCGGAGAAGCCCACCACGGAGAUGAAAGCUCUGGAAGCCAUCUGUGGCCCCCGAGUGACCGAGGGGAAGACCACCACCCCCAGCACAAAGUCCCGCUCCUUGACCUUCACGCCGGAUAAGAAGAAGGCCGCCAGCCGUACGCGGAGCACCGGCCAGAUCAAGGGGGCGAAAAACACAGAAAAAAACAGCUGAGGGGGCAGGUUGAAAAAAAAUAGAAAUGGGACUCUUUUACGUCGAAAGCCCAAGUUUUCCUAGCUAGACCCCUCGCCUUCAGUGGCUCGCCUUAUUUUUAAUGGGGGAGGGAAGAGGACAGAGGGAAACGGACCCAGAGAGAUGGGGGUGCAUAGGUGAACCCCAGAGGAAAAAAAGCGAGCGAGCAAGAGUGGAUCCAUUCAAAUCCUUCACCCUAAUUUGGAGAUUGGGGGGGCCCUCCGAUUUGUACAUGACCGCCCGGGAGGAGAAAUCCGAGUUGGAAAAAAAAAAUAUUAAAUCAAAGACAGAUCUUUCUAAAAGUCCGUUUGGGCCACCGGAGAUCCAGUGACUUAUCGCGGCUUGGCUAUAAGCUUGAUCUAAAGGGACGGGUCUGGAUUUCGGGGCGAGAGGUCUCUGUUCUGAUCCACAUCCCCACCAGAUCCUUUCCCUGCUUCCGUGUUCGUUUCGGGGCCCUGGCGCUGGGGAUUCUGGCAGCCCGAGCCGGCCGCGAGGAAACCUAAGACGAAGGCUGGCCAGAUGGAGGGCUUUUGUGUUCACCAAUC